AGCCUGGAGCGGUUUCUGACCAAGCAGCCGCACCGUGCGCCGCUUUCAUUUCUCUGUUUUUCUGAGCGGAGGUGGAAAUAAGACCAACGGUAGCAAGUUCUCUCAUUUUUCUUUUUCGCUUCUUGCUUCUCCCCCACUUUGUAGCUCCUAAGCUACCAGUUGUUUUUGCUAUUUAAAUCCAGUAAGAGGCGCUGGUUAGCCGCUCUGCUCAGACUGAACCUUCCCUCGGUUUAUUCCAGAUUCCUCCUCGGUGUUAGCUAGCUAACUUACCACGGUGCUUCUGUCCCUCCAUCUGCCCGCCGACAUGCCAGAGUACCUGGACGACCCGUCUGUGCUCACCAAGGACAAGCUGAAGAGUGAGCUGCUGGCCCACAACGUGGAGUUACCGAGCGGCAACCAUAACAAGGACGUGUAUGUGCAGCUUUAUCUGAAGAACCUGACCGCUCAGAACCAGAAGCAUGUCACGGCCACAACUCUGGACGCCUUCUCCAGCGACGAGGAGCUGCCGCCGCCCGUGGUCUCCAGCAGAAGUCGCUCCUCCGGCAGGAAAGCCACCAGAAAGACAGACAAAGUUCAGCUGGAUGAGCUCGAUGUGACGGUGCUGACUGAUGAGAGCCUGAGGGACGAGCUGAUCAAGCAUGGCAUGGAUGUGGGGCCGGUUGUGGCAUCCACCCGCAAGCUGUAUGAGAAGAAACUGCAGAAGUUGCUGGAUGAUGGUCCUGCGCCACUGCCGCUGCCUCAGCUGGUUCUCACAGACAUACAGGUCAACCACAACGGCAACUCUGAAUCUGACCUCUACAGUGACAAGGAGGAUGAAGUGAUGGAGGCACCAGUACCAGAGCCUGUGGCAGAACCACAACCAGCUCCAGUGGUGGAGAGACCAGUGAGGAGCAGAGGGAAGACCCCGGUCACCACCCGCACCCACAGCAGCCAGCACCAAACAGUGGAGAAAAUUGCAGCCAGUGACCAAACCCCAAGAGUGGAGGAGAAGGAUGUUCUGAAACAGCUCUUCUCCAAUGACAUCAACAGUCCAACAGGAAUCACCGCCACCUGUCGAAGGCCCAUCCGAGGAGCAGCCGGUCGCCCCGUGGUUUCCAGUGACCUGUGGAAUGAUGAAAACAUCAUCCUCUCUCCAAAAACCAAGACUAGCAACUACUCUUACACAGAGACCCACACUGUCAACAGAGUCCCCACCCUGCCCCCCUCUUCCGCCUCCUCCUCUUCUUCUUCUUCCUCCUCCUCUUCCUUCAUUCCCUCUGCCUCCAGCUCUUCUUCCAGGCUCUUGUCUGCAGCUCCCCCUGCAGGUCAGACCAAAGCAGUGCGCCGCAGCGUGUCUCUGUGGAUAAAGCUGUUCCUGCUGGCCAUCGUGGCUGCUUUUCUGUUCUUGGUUUACCAGGCCAUGGAGACUAACUCCAUCAACCCAUUUGCAAGCCCAGGCACAGAAAUGGCUGCUGGCAGCGCAGCGUAGAGAGUACCUGAAGAGGCUGAGGGGGAGAGACAAGCAUGUCUGCUUCUACUUUUUCUUUUUUUGUGUGUGAAUCUACAUUGUAGCCAGUUUAUUCCUUACCUCUGAGGUCAUUGUCUGUUUUGUCCUCAUUUUGUACUUUUUGUGUUUUUCUUCCUGUCUCUUCUGAAUCAGUUUUCAGUGAGCACCUGAAGAGAAGUGACAUAGCCAUUUCAGUGAGACUCAAGGAUCUCCAUGACAUGUUGUUUUGGUCCAUCCUUGACCUUGGACCUCAGGUGAAAACAAAGCCAGCCACUAAACUACUCUAAGAAACACACACAGUAACUUUCAAAGAAAUGUGAGGACUUUGUUUUUAUUGCCAUGUGAUUUUUUUUUUUUUUUUUUAUGUGAUACUUGCAUGGUGCGUUCAUUAGUGUGUUUGUAUUGAAUGUAUGGUUGAGAUUUUUUUUCACACUUUGCCUUAGUGUCUAUCUCUGUUAGUCAUUAACGGUUUUAAAGAUUGAGUCUGAAACUGUCAUUUUGUUUUGUACUUUCGACCAUCUUUGUUAAUGAGACAGAGAGGCUUGCUAUUGUAAUCCAAAAGCUUCUAAAUCUUCUUAAACCUUACACCAAUAUUUUUUAAUGUUCUCUUAUAAUAAAAUCGAAUGUCCUACUGUAUUCUACUUAAUUAUGUAUUCACUGUCUCAAAUAUUAAAUAUCCACUCAAUAAACUAUAAUGUUGUUACUGUA